CUCAAAAGUAUAUGUACAUAUAUAUAUUCUCUAGCUCCAUCUUCCUCCUAUAUAAUAAACACACAUACAGAGAGAGAGAAUAAUAUAUAUAUAUAAUAAUGGAGAAAGUAGAGAGUAAUUCGGAUAGGAAAGAAGGAGAAGGUUUGGGUUUGGGUUUUGGUUUUUUUGUAAGGAUUAUAGCUUUUGCACUUACAAUAUCAGCAGCUGUUAUUAUUGGAGUUGAUAAACAGACCAAAAUGGUUUCCAUCACUGUUGUCGAUUCUCUUCCACCAAUCACCAUUCCUGCUACUGCCAAGUGGCAUUACUUAUCUGCCUUUACGUAUUUUGUGGUAGCAAAUGCCAUAGCAAGUUCCUACGCGUUAAUUUCUCUAAUAUUUUCAUUCGCGAAUCACGCAAAAGAUAAGAGCGGUAACUUAGGUUUUGUUAUCGCCAUUUUUGAUAUGAUGAUGGUAGGAUUGCUCUUCUCUAGUAAUGGAGCCGCAGCAGCCGUUGGUUUGAUUGGAUUGCAAGGCAAUUCACAUGUGCAAUGGAAGAAGGUUUGCAAUGUUUUCGACAAAUUUUGCCACCAAGGAGCCGCUGCAGUCGUCUUAUCCUUCCUCGGCGCAAGCGCCUUUCUCUUGCUAGCAAUGCUCACCAUCAAACGCCUCCAUCGCAAGUGAUCCAAGCUAACAAGACUAAUAGUAAUAUAUUUAUAAAAUAAUAAAAUUAUGUAUGUUAUAUUAUUAAAUAUUAAUUAUGUGCUGAGUGAAUUGAAUUGAUGUUAUAAUUAAACUUUCUAAAAAAAAUAGUAGAAUAGUUUCUC